UUUUCAUUCUCUCUUGCCUCUCCAAAGCACCUUUAUUCCCUGGGUUCUACAAAAAGCUAAUGAUGCAUCAAGAUAUUGAAACUCAAAGCCUCAUCUUACUACAAACAUAAAAAAUUAUCCAUUUUUAAAACAUUACUUUUUCUACUCUUAUAACAAUCUCAUCACGUUCCAUGUUUCUUUCUCUUCUUUUCGUACCUCUUUCCAUUUUGUAGUAAAUAUUCCAUCUUUUGUUAAAUGAGGAUGUAAGAGAAGACCAUUCUGCAAGAAGAAGAGCGAAACGAUGGAAGAGAUUGAGUAUGAAGAGGUUGUGAAAGCAACAGAAAACUUCAACCCCAGAAGGAUCGUAGGGAAAGGAAGCCAUGGGAUGGUGUACAAAGGCAUUGUUCAAUUCAAAGAAAAUAACAGUUUCAGGUUGGUCGCUGUAAAGAAGCCAUCACAAGGCCUUCAAUCUCUUCACGACAACUCAAAACUCGAAAAUGAAAUCCGAGUUCUGUCUUCUCUACCCGAAAACCCUCACGUGGUCAAUCUUCUGGGAACCACGAGUGGUGAAGGUGAUGAUGAUCACAGACACAGACUCAUUGUGAUGGAGUUCAUGCCCAAUGCCUCUCUGCAUGACUUGCUUCAUACCGAUGAAAACCCACCCACGUGGCCCAAACGCGUUGAAAUCGCCAUGCAAAUCGCUCGAGCGGUGCAGUUUCUUCACCAAGGUAAGCCUGUGGUGAUUCACAGAGACAUUAAACCCUCGAACAUAUUGUUUGAUUCACGUUGGAAUGCGAAGUUGGCAGAUUUUGGACUCGCGGUGAGAGGGGUUGAUCCGGUGAGUCGACCCGCUGGGACAAUGGGGUACUUGGACCCGUGUUACACCACCCCAGAUAAACUCAGCACCAAAAACGACAUUUUCAGUUUUGGGGUUGUGUUGUUGGAGAUCAUAAGUGGUAGAAAGGCCAUUGAUGCCUGCAAAACACCGGCUUCAGUUGUUGAAUGGGCGAUUCAGUUAAUGGAUGAACAGCUUUUAAAAGAAAUAUGUGACGCAAGAGUGGCGGUGCCAGGUUACAUGGUUGGAACAAUCACUCGCCUGUUACGCUAUGCUUCACGUUGCGUGUCAGAAAAUGAAGAUGAACGUCCUUCAGCUGGUGAAAUUGUUAUGGAAAUGGAAAGUUGGUUGGCGAAACGAGUGAGGUUCCCCGUUUGGAGUCGCGUUUUGAAGGGGUUGGUUUGGUUGAGGAAGAGGAAACCGAUGAUGAGUAUUGGUUGGCAAACUCAGACACGAAUUCGGUGUAUAGCAGAAGAAGAGGGCGAGGUAGAGGGUGUUGGUGUUGCAAGUGGGAAGAUACCCAUCACCAUAAGGGAGGUUCUGGCGGAUGCUACGUUGGAGUGACUCAAAUUCAGAUGAGUUGACUCGCUGUGAACGGGUUUGAUUUGAGGUUGCAGGGCUGGGCAAUGGGGCAUGCACUACAAACAUUCGUACCAAGCCAAACGUGAUGGUUACGUACGGGGUAGACACUAGGCAUCUCAUGACAGGAAUCAUAUCAUCAUGAAAUUUCCCCUUUUCCUUUAAUUCAUGUCAAAAUUGAUAUUUUAGUGUUAAUUAUUUCUAUUAUUUACUUACUUGAGAAAAUAAAGAAAAAUAUAAAAAGUAUCUGGUUGGAACAAUGUUGCGUUGUUUUUAUUUAUAAAAUCAUUUUCUUCCCUAA